UAAAGUCCGUAGUAAGGACGACAACACCACAACAGCACUCACGGAACACUUGAUCGACGUGUUCACAACAUGGCAAGUACCGGAGAGAAGCCCUUGGGCAUCACAGCCCCUCUGUCGACCGCACUUCCCACCGAUUCCGAGAACCAAGCCAGCAGCGCUCUCAUUGAAGAGUUGAAGAGGCAGAACAACUAUGAGAGCGUCGUCGACACCCAGAAAAGGACCGAGGCCCUCAAGGCGUUACAGGCCAUCACCGAAGAGUUCAUCAAACAAGUCAGCAAGGCACAAGGUCUGCCAGACAGUGUUGCGAAUUCUGCCGGCGGUAAGAUCUUUACAUAUGGUAGUUUCCGAUUAGGUGUGUUUGGACCUGGCUCCGAUAUUGAUACCCUGGUUGUUGGCCCCAAGCAUGUCACUCGAGACGAUUUCUUCAAGUACUUCCCCGACCUCCUGGUGAAGAUGUCACCUCCAGGAGCAAUCACAGAUCUCACACCCGUCGUCGACUCUUUCGUCCCUAUCAUCAAGUUUGAAUACGCUGGCAUCAGCAUCGAUUUGAUUUUCUCCCGCAUCGCCGUUCUCAACCAGAUACCCCAAUCCCUCACCCUCCAAGAUUCGAACCUUUUACGAGGACUUGACGAAGCCGAUCUACGCUCUCUCAACGGCACGCGCGUGACAGAUGCAAUUCUCGACCUAGUCCCGCAAAAGACAAUCUUCAGGACCGCGUUGCGUGGGAUUAAACUAUGGGCUCAGAGGCGUGCGAUCUAUGCAAACAUCAUCGGAUUCCCUGGUGGUGUGGCCUGGGCUAUGUUGGUUGCGCGUGUUUGCCAACUCUAUCCGAAGGCUACCUCCUCCACGGUGGUAUUGAAAUUCUUCCGCAUUAUGGAAAAAUGGCAGUGGCCUACACCAGUCCUGCUAACACACAUUGCGAGUGGCCCAUUGCAGGUCAAAGUGUGGAAUCCACGCAUAUACAAGCAUGACAGUUUUCAUCUGAUGCCGAUUAUCACACCUGCGUACCCUUCCAUGUGUGCGACUCAUAAUAUUACGAGAUCCACCAAAGAAAUCAUCCAACGAGAACUCAAACGCGGAGGGAAUAUUACAGACCAAAUCAUGUCAGGCAAGUUGCAAUGGAAGGACCUGUUUGCGAAGCAUACGUUUUUCACUGAAGGCUACAAGUACUACCUUUCCGUCAUAUCUGCCAGCACAACUAGGGAAGCCCAGAACAUCUGGGGAGGAUUGGUCGAGUCUAAAAUCCGUCUUCUUGUCCUCUCACUAGAGGGUCACGACUCGAUCGCUCUCGCCCACCCUUUCAAUAAAGGUUCAGAACGUGUUCACGAGUGCCACAGCGAGGAAGAGGUCGAGAAGGCCAAGAGUGGCAGUUUGCUGUUUCUUGUAAAAGGCGAGCCCACUGCUUCUGAGAAGCCUGAUGACAAGCCGAAGGAAGAGAAUGCCGAGGAUGUUAAGAAGGAUAACGGCGAAGAUGUGAAGAAGGAGAAUGGCGAAGACGUCAAGAAGGAGAACGGUGAAGAUGUCAAGAAGGAGAACGAUGAAGAGGAGAAGAAGGAAGACGAGCCAAAAACAACUAUGGUGUACACUACCACGUAUUACAUCGGCUUGGAGCUCAAGGAAGGUGCUCGAUCUCUCGACUUAUCAUACCAAGUCGACGACUUUAAAUAUAGGUGCACGAGCUGGGAUAAGCAUGACGACAGCCUAAACGCCUUGAACAUCGUCCACACGCGAAACUGCGAUCUACCCGACGACGUCUUCUCACCAGGCGAAGUCAAGCCCACGCGCCCCGUCAAGAGGAAGACGGUCGUCAAGAAGCGCACAGUUGCCGAAGAAUCCAAUGGCGCAGCUCCACCACCGAAACGCCAGCAGACGUCUGUCGCAGCACAGGGCUGAUCGUGAACGCCUCUCUCGAUCACACAACCUAUACGUUCGGGCGAAACAGCCUACACCAACCAACCCACUACUUUGUACACGGUGAACCGCCGACCUGAUAACCCCAAUCCCAGCAAGCGCGCCUUCCACAGCCCUAACCACGUCGAGCACCAUCCCAUCCAAAUCCAGCGCAGAUUCACAUAUUCACAAAGGGCCAGAUUUAUUCGGCCACAUCCAAAUAAUUAUACUAACACCAGGAACUGACCUAUCCACCCAGCGCUCCGCAAAACCACCCUCCUUGCUCCUCCCCCCGUUCAUCUCGUAAGCGAAGUUCUCUUUCUUCGGGCGAUGGUUGUUUGUGGGGCGGGCCGUACUGUAAUUGCGCAAGUCGCGUGCGGGGAUGUACGAGCGGGCGGACACGAAUAGAUGGAGUAGGAUAAUGGGCGCAGAUAUGGGCAAUGAUGAUGCCCUUUGCUGCCUGCGCGGGGGGUAUGAUGGCGCGGAGCAAGGAGAUAGCCUGUAUGUAGCUAUAAUACAAUCUAAUUUAGGG